GUCUUCGAAUUCUUCCAUGCCAGACCCCAAGCUCCCCACACCACAAUUCUUUAUGCUCGAUCAACGGUCUGUCUGGCUCGACCGGUUAUUCCUGCCCAAAGUAGUACGAUUUUCUGCCGUAUCUAUCGAAAGCAGAAGCGUCUAUCUCGUAACCGAGAGGAUGGUCACUCGAUUUUGAGGUGGUACAGCUCAAAUCUGAGUUCAGCAGGAACGCUCUACUCCAACUCUUCUCGUCGACCGAGUCAAAAGAGCCCUUUAUUUACAACAGAGCAGCAUUUUGUCUAG